CCUGAAAUAGUCACCAUGGGGGACAAUGGCCCACCUGCUGCGGAAGCCCCCUUCUCCUUCAGAUCGCUUUUUGGCCUUGAUGAUUUGAAAAUAAGUCCUGUUGCACCAGAUGCUGACGCGGUGGCUGCCCAGAUCCUGUCUCUGCUGCCACUGAAGUUCUUUCCUGUCAUCGUCAUCGGGAUAAUUGCGUUGAUAUUAGCGCUGGCCAUUGGUCUGGGCAUCCACUUCGACUGCUCCGGGAAGUACAGGUGCCGGUCAUCUUUUAAGUGUAUUGAGCUGACGGCUCGAUGUGACGGGGUGUCAGACUGCAAAGAUGGGGAGGAUGAGUACCGAUGUGUCCGCGUGAGCGGUCAGAAUGCCGCCCUCCAGGUGUUCACGGCUGCCACCUGGAGGACCGUGUGCUCCGAGGACUGGAAGAGUCACCACGCUACUGUCGCCUGUGCCCAGCUGGGGUUUCCAAGCUACGUGAGUUCAGAUACCCUCAGAGUGGACUCGCUUGAGGAGCAGUUCCGAGAGGACUUCGUUUCCAUCAAUCACCUCUUGCCAGAUGACAAAGUGACUGCUUUACACCACUCGGUGUACGUGAGGGAGGGAUGUGUCUCGGGUCGCGUGGUUACCUUGAAGUGCUCAGCCUGCGGUCUGAGGACGGGCUCCAGCCCGCGCAUCGUGGGAGGAAACGUGUCCUCGCCGGCGCAGUGGCCCUGGCAGGCCAGCCUGCAGUUCCAGGGCUACCACUUGUGCGGAGGGGCCGUCAUCACCCCCGUGUGGGUCGUCACUGCUGCACACUGUGUUUAUGAUCUCUACCUCCCCAAGUCGUGGACCAUCCAGGUGGGCCUCGUUUCCUUGCUGGACAGUCCAGCCCCCUCCCAUCUGGUGGAAAAAAUCAUCUACCACAGCAAGUACAAGCCAAAGCGGCUGGGCAAUGACAUUGCCCUCAUGAAGCUGGCCGGGCCGGUCACUUUCAAUGAGAUGAUCCAGCCAGUCUGUCUGCCCAACUCGGAAGAGAUCUUUCCUGAUGGGAAAGUGUGCUGGACGUCAGGCUGGGGGGCCACAGAGGAUGGAGGUGACGCCUCCCCGGUCCUCAACCAUGCGGCUGUGCCUCUGAUCUCCAAUAAGAUCUGCAACCACAGGGACGUGUAUGGUGGCAUCAUCUCCCCCUCCAUGCUCUGCGCUGGCUACCUGAAGGGUGGCGUGGACAGCUGCCAGGGAGACAGCGGGGGGCCCCUGGUGUGUCAAGAGAGGAGGGUGUGGAAGUUGGUGGGAGCCACGAGCUUUGGCAUCGGCUGUGCCGAGGUGAACAAGCCCGGAGUCUACACCCGCAUCACCUCCUUCCUGGACUGGAUUCACGAGCAGCUGGAGAGGGACCUGAAAACUUGAAGAAAAGAGGCAAGUUAC